AUGCAUUCAUCACUCUUCAAGCUGGCAGUAGCCAGUUUCGUCCUCAUCCAGCCCUCUGCAGCUGCUCCACAUCAACACAACUCGGAUCUUGCUGGUCUCAUUCGAGGCUCGCAUCUCGCUGAACGAUCUCAACAAGUCCUGAGCACCCUUUUGUUUGCACCAGCUCUGUCUUCUGUGGGAGAGAAUUUGACUCUCGACAAAUACCCUAUGACUGAUGGAGAAUGCUCUCCGCUACCGCCAGGUACCGGUCCGAAUAUCACUCCCGACACACCUGAGGACUUCCAAAAAUCCGACAUUUGGGAAGAGAUAGCAGAGGAUGCUGAAACGCCUGAGGGCUACUACCUCAUGUUCGGAAAUUUGGAUGCUAUCGUGGAUUCCGGAAAUGAGCUACUCGCAGUCUUGAUUCUGAAUACCUAUGAUACACUGUCUUGCGCAAUUGCUUGUGAUGAGAUUGAUGGGUGCGAGUCAUUCAAUAUAGCUGUCAUCAGGUCACCAAGCCUGUACGUGGACGGUGAACAAUGUCCCAAUCCUCCAAGCGUCAGCCGGUAUGCCUGCGGCCUACUUGGAGAGGCCUUAAUUGAAGAUCCACCGACCGAUGAUGGUGUAUGGUGGGCAGACUUUCAUAUCGUUGCUGCUGGCUCCAAUGUGUACAACAAGGUCAACGCAACCGAGGCAGAAGACCUCGAGGACUCAGAAGACCCAGAGUAUCCCGAUGAUGGUGACGAAGACAACAACAAGACGAAGGCAGCCCUCUCCAGACGUGACUGCAACGGUGCACCCAUCAUUCGCAAUGGCGGUUUUGAGCAAGAUGACCCAUCUCGUACAACAACACCUACCAGCUGGAACAUCACCAACAUUCAUCCUGCAGUUACAUUCGGCUUUACCAAGCCCGGUAGCACCAACAACGGUGGCACUUACGCCUUCCUCGCCAACAUGCUUGCACCUGAUCCAUCUGUCGAAGACCCCAUGACAGGCUUCAUUUUAUCCCAGGAAUUGAACACAUGUGCAGGGCACAAUUACACGGUCAUCUUGGACUUCAGGUACGACGACCCUGCUGACGGAAACUGUACCGCGGUGGUCUUGAUCGACCCUCAAGUUGACGGCAAGAAAUAUCCACUACUGCCUUGUCCUGUCGCCAAACAUGAGCCGCAUAAAUGGAAUACAGUGGGGUUGGAUUGGACGAGCACAACACCGAACGAUCUGCUCUCUUUGGUCUUCCAGUGUCAUGGACAUGUUUGGAACAACUGGAGCAUUGACAACGUGGUUGUGGACAUGACUGACUCCUAG